AUGUUUGACGUGGCUUUAAGUAGUGCUGGAGCAACUAUUGCCCUUGCUACAUCAUUUGAUGAAAAUCAUCCACCAGAAAAUAUCAUUGAUGGGUAAGUAUUUUACGAUCGGUGAAGAUCUUGCCAAACAUUUCAAAUUUCGAACAAGCAAAGUUAAUUGAGGUUUUGAUAAGGACAAUUAAGAUAUUUCAAGACCACUUCCAAUUUAUCUGAAACUCAGUAAUGCUAUGCUUUUUGGAAUUGCUAAACUGGUAGACCAUGACCUAAUCAUUCUACAUGUACUAUCGUGAACAUUUUUACGAUAGUAGUUGUCAUGGUAACCCGUGGCCCUCUUGAAUGUGCAUGAUCUGUUUAUUCUGAAAAAGCAAGAUUUAAGAAAAGAAAGGUAUGAAGAGUAACGCAAUAUUUGCAGAUGCUUGCUUUUAUCUGUACUUGGUAAUGUCACACAAAAGUUGAAAACUAUGUUAGCACGCUGCAAACUCAAACUCCAAAGGGAAACAGAAAAUGGUUUAAGUUAGGUGAUAUUUAAUGACAGGGUAAAAAUUUCCACACAGCCCCAUACUACAUUAUGCAUUCAGUUCUUGGAUAGAGAAAACAAUGACUAAAACUAUACACUGCCAUUGGGAAAACAGAUUUGUUUUACAACAGUAUGGGGCUGUGUGGAAAUUUUACCAAUGACAGAAAAAGUUGGGGUCAAAUCCAGGGAAAAUUGGAUCUUCUUUGAGUUAGUUUGGGCUUCAAAUUAGCAGGGUUUUACUUUAUUAUAGUACAUUUCAGUAAUAAGUAAAUGGAAAACUCUAAGGCAAAGGUUGAUGAAUGAUACCUUUAAGAUCAUGAGCCGUCAAUUGUUUAUGGCUAAAAAGCUUGUUUAGAAUCAACUCAAGUUCCCAUCUAGAAGUCUUACAGCCAAAGUGAGAGGUCAUGUGAAGCAGCUUAAAUUAUAUAUAGUCACGCUCUUGCAUUUUCAAACAAGGGUCUUUGUAAUCUGCGAGUCUCAAAUUUUACCAUCUGUGACUCCUAUGGCUGCAUCCUGAUCAGCCAAAAUAGAACUAAUUGUCUUUUUAUUUUGCUCCAUAGAAGCCUUGAUACUUUCUGGCCAACAACUGGAAUGUUUCCUCAAGAAUUCAUCAUCACCUUUAGUGCAUUAAUGAGCAUUGGAAAUAUAAAAUUCCUAUCUUCAAAUGGUGAGGAUGAUGGUGGAAAAUCUUGAAAUUGUGUUUAGUGUAAUGUAACAUGGGCAUUAUCAAUUUAAUGGUUUUUGAGUUUUUUUUUUUUCAUAACAAAAUAUAUCUAUGUUAGCGAGUGGAAUGGUAUGUUUCUUGCACCAAUCAGAUCCCUGCAUUAGGGUAUGUAAUGUAUCUCACAUCAAUCAGAUUGCUGCAUUGGGGUAUAUAUCUUACACCAAUCAUAUCACAACAUUUUGAUAUCUUGUACCAAUCAUAGCUUUUCUUGCAAAUGAUGUCAUGGAAUUAGGGGGCUGUGCACAAAUAAUGACAUUAAUCAAAUAUUUUGGGCUCAUUUGAUAAGGGCAAUGGUUUGUGGCCUUCGUAAGAUCCUCAUCAAAAGGUCAAGACGUCUUGUGAUAUGAAAGAUUUCCAUUUAACUUUUUGCAUCAUUUUUUUCAAGUUAAAAGGUGUCUUUUCCGCUCCUUUACUUACAAUGCACAUGCCAAACACGUACCAUGAAAACAACAUCCAAAAUCUAAUCAGAACAUGCCCAAUCAUUGCUCUACAUGAACAGUAGGCAAUGUUUCACAUGCUUGAAUUGUACCACCCAUCAAAUUCCAUUUUGCCACAUUAGACUUUGCUCAAUCUUGUGUCAUUUCCAUGUAAAUAACCUGCAUUUCAUUAUUUAUAGUAACAGCAUUGUCCAACAGAGUUUCAGUUUGCUUUUUGCAGUAAAAUUACAUAGAAUGAUAUUUUUACAGCAACUAACUUUAGACAAAUAAUUUUGAUAUUCUUUCUAGUAGUGGAACAGUAGAAAGCAUAGUCCCUUUCGCAACCAUUAUUUGGUCUCUUGCCAUGCAACGCGCUCUCUCUUCAAUGAAGAAUAGCUCGUAUUGUGUGACGAAAUCAAACAAUGGGUGUUAAGGAGACAACAGUAUAAGCAUGGCACCACUGCAUUCUAUUUUUGCUUAGAAGUAUUAUACCAUAGAAACAACAGACCAAAAACUACCUGUGUGAGUUCAGGUAAAUUAGAUUAUUUUUUCUUUCUCUUAUGAUGAAGUAAUGCAAUAUAUUUUUGUUCUUUUGAAAGUUAUGCUCUUUUCCUGUCACAAAAAUGAAAACAUUAGGUAUGCAAAGUGUCCCAUCUCAACCCACCCUGCCUAAAAAAUAACUCUUGCAUGCUAUGCAUGCCUGUGUUUUAUCACAGGGGCUACAUCGUUGUUUUUGUGCCACAUUGUGAAAAAUUAGACGUAAUUUUUUUUUUUUAAUGUGAUAUAAAAAAUUGAGAAAAGACUUCGUGAGGAGUCAGGUACAUGUGGGUUACCAGCUCAUUAGAGACCAGGAGCUUCAAGGUUUUGUAGCAUAUAUGAAUUUUUAUUUGCAGUUAAAAGCCUCUGCAUUGAGAAAAGCACAAAAACAGAACCAGUAGACUUUGAACCUCUUGUGGACAAAGGUAAAAAGAAGCCAUAGAUAUGUUAUAGAAAAUGUUGUUGUUCAUCCUGGUUAAUUAGAGGUAAAUGGUUUUUUUUAAAAGCAUUUGUCUCACAAUGUAAAGUAAGGCUACCAUUUAUGAUACAAUUGAUAGCCUGACUUUACUUUGAAAAUUUAAUUAGGAAAAAAUGAUGAACAUGAUAACAAAAUAAUUAAAACAAGUUUAAGCAAGGACAUUCAGUCAAAUAAUCCUCUGAUUUUGAUCACUGACAGCACAGUACAAUGCACAUUGACAUGGCCCAGGCCUGACUGAUUGCAGAGUGUGGUUGACUGUAGAAUUUAAGACUGACAAAUUCAAUGAAACAUACAUGCAAUUUAUUAAUAAUGUGUAAUUGUUAUCUGUGACAGAGUAUGAACAUUUAGAGGGUCAGAUGCAGAGAGAUGAGAUCAAGGUAAGUAUUUAGAAUUCAGCAAAUUGAAUCCUGCUUCAAUGGUAUUUCAGGUCUAAAAUAUAUGUAUCGGGCAUUAUGAACCAUGUGUGUGUUCUGAUGGAAAGACAUGCACUUUCAGUUGAAUGCCAUGGGUUCCUCGGGGGGGGAGAGUUGUUGAAACUUAGAAUUGAUCAGUGUAUAAAAAUACAAAUAUUCAGUCCUAAUUGUGAAUGUAGGGCUCUUACAUUUUGAUAUUAUUUGUAUGUUUUUUCCUUUGUAGAUUCCUGUUACAUCAGCAUGUCAUCUAAGAUUUCUUAUCAAAAGUGGAUUUGAUCAUUUUGUUUCCAUUCAUAAUGUCAGUGUUGAUGGCACAGCUGUGCACUGA